AAUGAAAAGCGAGCACAUUUUGUGGCAUAACGAAAAUUUUCAUUCGCUCAGAACGCAACGAACCGCCAAAAGGAACGCAGGCCAAAUAAUAAAGCAGACAUUAGCCAGAUUUAGGCAUGAGCCAGCAUGGAGAUACCGGAGACUGUAUCUGUGCGAAGGUUUCGCGAGUUCAGCCCUCGGCAAAAACACGAACUCUACGAGACAUUGCUGGAGUUGGGCGAAACACUGGAGGAGUUGCCCAAGAGAUCGCUGCGCAAAACGUUGGAGCUAACGCUGGCCGUGAUGGAGUACAAGGGAGAGUUGGCACAGAAGCUGGAAGUGGGCGGAGAGCGGAGAUUGCAGGAUGAAAACGAGAAACUAAAGCGCAUGGUGCAAAAGCUGGAGGAUGAAAGAGAUCUGCUCAAGCACAAGACAAAGGAGUUGAGUGAGGAGAUCAAUCAGCAGCAACAGCAGCUGAGAGAAGCAGCUCUUCAAGCAGAGGCCAGCGACAAGGACUCCUCGGAUCCUUUGUCCGAGCUGGACAAGCAGGAGCAUCUGCUGCAUAACAUCGACACCAAAAACAAACACAUAAAGCGUCUGUUAAGAGAGAUUGAGACACUGCAAAAUCAGAACAUUGCCCAGUCCAAAACGAUAGCCCACAAUGAGCAGGAACUGCAGCAGAUCAAGACCAAGCUGUUGCAAAUCUCCCAGGACAUUACGCAAGUGGAGCAGGAGCGCAAAUCCUUGCAGAAAACGAUGGAGCAACAGAGCCUGGAAGUCACACGGCUAGAGGGCAACAUUAACUUCCUGGAGGAUGAGCGUGAGAAGCAGGAGCAGGAGAUGCGACAGUUUCUGGAGAAGUAUGAAGCUCAAGCUCUCGGCUGGCGACAGUCACAGGACCAAAAGGACAAGGAAAUUGCACUGCUGCAAAAGCAAUUGGAGCACAAAAAAAUAAGUGGACCUCAGCUGAUGCUAUCCAGCUCCAGCAGCAGUCCAGGCCAGCAGGAAGAGGAGCAGCUCAGACUAAGACAUCUGCUGGAAUUGCGUGAGAAGCGCAUUGAAUCUCUUGAAAGCAAGCUGAAGUCCAUGGCUGCUGAAAUGGUCAACUCAACGAAGAUAAUGAAUCAACUUGCCGUGCAGCAAGAGAGCUCCAAGAAUCCCCAACAGCCACGUGCCUGUUGCCAACUGAUUGAGGAGCGUCUUCGUGUGGCAAAUGUGCGUUCCGAGCAGCUGGCCGAGAUGCUCGACAGCACCGAGCAGGAUAACGUGCUCAAGGCCAAGCAGGCGCUGCACGCCUUGAAUGCCCUGGAGUCCUACAAGCGUGGAGAGGAUGGUCUUGUGCCUGCCCUGCGUCGUUGUGCCGGCCUUGAGCAGAAGCUCUCCGAGCGGGACAAACAGCUGCGCAGUUAUACCCAGGAGCUGAAUGCCAUGCACGAGGUGACCCAGGAGAAUGCUGUGCUGCGUCGACGGCUCAACAUCCCCGACGAUGUUGUGGUCCUGUCCAAGCAGCUGCGUGCCAAGCAGCGCAACAAGGACAAACAAAUUGAAAGAUUAACACUCAAGUUGCGUACCUCCGAGGAGCUGCGUCUACAGCUUAAAUUGGACAAGAGUGAGCUGAGACGUAAACUUUUGGAGUUCCAAAAUGGACAGCUCCCAGCACAGCCUUUGGAGGAGUUGCUGCAUCAGCCAAGUGAGAUGGGCGAGGUGCCUUCAAGUGCGCCGCUGGAGAGCUCGCCCAGACGUGGUCAGGGUGAUGGCGCCGCCAGCUCGGAGCUGCAAACGAAAUAUGAGGAUGUGCUGGCCGAGAAUGAAACGCUGCGCAUGGGCAUGUAUGAGAUUCUGGAGAAGCUGCGGGAAUACGAUGCUACCUCGGAGCACAUUACCAUUGACUCGGAGCUGUUACGCCGACUGAUAGAUGCCCUACCAUGUGGCUCAGAUACGCCGCAACGUCUGCAGGGUCAGCUGCUGGAGCUGAAGGCGCGGGAGGAGGCGCUGUGUCAGCUGCUCCAGCAAAAUGCCAGCGAUUCGGAGACGGGGGAGUUGUCCUCGGUGCACAGCAUGCGGGAUGUGUCUGAGAUGCCAGAGGAGCACACAGAGAUUAUCGCUAUUGAUUCUGCCACGCGACCAACGACUCCGAAUGAGGCAUCCGAGGCACUGCAGCUGCCCAUCAUCACAGAGGAUGGGGAAGUGGAGCAGCCCAGACCAGGAACAGCUGAGUUGUCAGAGUUGGCCAUACUGCGCAAGCAUUAUGAGGAACUGCGUCUGCACAUGUCCGCCGAUGGCAAUGAACUGAUACGCUAUACUCUGGAGUUGCAUGAGCAGAUGAUCAGCCUGGAACGACAGCUGCAGGAGCAGGGCAGCUCCUAUGGCUACAUGCGGGAGGAUUACGAUCAACUGCUGACGGAGAUGAAGCGGCAGGAGCUGCGUUACAUUGAGGAUACGUCUGCACUUAAGAUCCAACUGGAACAGCACAAAUCAGAGCUCUCCACCAAGUCGGAGCAGUUGAUCACGCUACAACGGACAAAUCCCUGCACGGCAGAGGAGCGUCAACAGCUGGAGCAGCGAAAUGCCAGGUUGAGCAUACAGUUGGCCCAGGUCACGGAGCAGUUGCUGGGAGAGCUGAAGCUGCCUGACCUCUGUGCCGAUUAUGGCAUCAUUCAGGAGAACUAUCAGCUGGAUUAUGUGACAGCAGCGGAGUUUGAGCAACAGCGUCAGGAUUUGGUCACGGGGCGCCAUCAGCAGUCCGAGUUGCAGCGGGAAAACAAACAACUCGAGGGAUUGCUCCAGGUGGCCAAUGGUCAGAUACAUUCCCAGCAGAAGCUGCUCAACGAGAUCACAGAUAAUCACAUCAACUUGCGCCAUUUGGUGGCGGACUUGCAGAGCAGUUCCAGUGAUAAGCUGCUGCUGGCCAAGAUGCAGCGCGAUCUGGAUGCAGCUAAAGCGGAAACUGUGCGCCUGGAACUGGAGAGCAAGCGUCUGCUGCAGCAUGUGGAACAGCUUGAGACGCAGCUGCAGGAGGCGGAGCAGCUGGCGAAGCAGAGACAACAGGACUUCCAACUGGAACGUGGCAACAGCGACAUUAAGCAGAAAUUCCUGCAGCGUUCCCUGUUUACACUCAAGGAGAAAUAUGCCAAAUUUACACCAUUGAUCUUCCUCAAUAACUUUGUGUUCGCUUAUCAAAAAUUUCAUCAAUCUCUGCUGGAGCAACAGCAGCAGCAGGAGCAGCAAUCCAACGACAACUCCACGCUGAUUGAACAGGUUCUCCAGGCGGUGCAGGCGAAGAUCAACCCCAAUGAGGAGAAUUCCCAACAGCUCAUUAAACUUAUCAAAACGGAGACACAGUCCAAGCUGUUGGAACAGCGUUGUGAGAGCUUGCAGACGAGGCAGUUGGAGCUGCAACAGGAGCUCACCCAGCUGAGGUUGCAACAUGCCACAGAGUCGGAGCAUUGGCAGACGAUUCAGGCGUUGUUUGGCCUGGCAACUGGCGAAGGAAGAAUCGAAACGUCUACUGUGGAUGUGGCCACCAAUACAAUAGGAGCAGCUCCUGUGCCCGCCAUGCGUCGCACAGCUCAACUGAUCGACAAGCAAUCAUCUCCCAUUGGCUCGCCGAGGAGAAGACUUUCUAGGCAGGACAUGGCUAUACAGACGGAGGUGGCAGCGGUGGAAUUAAUGGAGAUCGCCGUCCAGACAAAUGGCAUUCGAGUGGAGCAACAGCAGCAACAUCAAGCAGUGCAGACAGCUCAGGAAGUCAGCAUAACGGAGGAGCAGCUGCAACAAUUGCGAGCAGACCUUCAGAUAGCCAACGAUCGCAUCAAGGAGCUAAGUAAACCACAGGAAACGGCAAAUCCUAGCAGCGAAUCCGACAGCCAACACAGCGGCGUUGUGGAGAAGACGAUUCUCUCGUUCCACACACUGCUGCUUGAGAAGGAUCAGUCCAUACAAAAGUAUCAGGAUCUGCUGCAAACGGAAAGGGAACAGAAUCAACAGCUGAUCACAAAGCAAUCAGCGGAGAAUGAAACCCUCAAGGCAACAGUUAACAAUCUAAAUUUCAACAUCAAGACCAAAGAUCUGGAAAUAUUAGAACUUAAAGCCAAGCUAGAUUUACAAAAUUCUUCGUCUCGCGUUGCUAUGCCCUCCACGGAGCAUUCCCUCAACGAGCUGACGGAUGAGAAGAUCGAGGAAAUGUUUGAGCACAGUUCAACGGAUAGAAGUCCACAGCAGCAGGAUCCGGAGGAGGUUGAGCCGGAUUUGGCUGUUGGUUGCGAUGAAGUCGCUGGCGAGGAGGAGAAACAGGAUACCGAGGAGUUAAAGGAGCUGCCCACUCUGCAGAAGCAAAUUAAGGAGCUUAAGGACAAACUGAUUUACUGCGAACAGAAUCUGGUAACAAGAGAGGAAGAGGUGGAAAUCUUGAGGGAAAAAUUAAAGCUCUAUCAGGAUCGCGAGAAAUGUGUGGAGACCAACAGCAAUCCUGAGCUGGAGCAGUUGAGAGUCUUCCUGGAGGAGAAGGACAAGCACAUACGUGAUCUAAUGGACACACUAAAGAAUUUCCAUGACGAUCAGCAGCGUUAUAUCAACGACACUUCCAAUUACUCGGCGGAGCAGAUUGCCAAGCUGGCGGCUGAUCUUAAUCGCACCGAGGCGACCAACAAGAUUUAUCACACCCAAAUGGAGGCACUGCGUCGUCAGCUAACCAAUGUCCAACAACGUGAGAAGCAAGCAAGGGAUCUGAGUCAAUCUCUGCGCCAGCAACUGUUGAAGCGUCCAGUGGUCUCCAUAAAAACGGAGCUCAAUGCUCGUGUCAAGAAUGAGAAUCUGCAGAAGCGCAUUCAGCAACUGGAGCUGGAUCUGGAUGAAUCUCGGGGACAGCUGCAGCGUCAACAGAGGCUACUGGAGGCAAAGCGAAGACGCAGCGCCAAUGAAGUGGGACUCUGGGAGAAGCAGAAGCGCUGGCAGCAACAGGCAGAGAAGUUCAAGGUGAAGCUGGACGAGACGGAGAUGGCGCUGGAGAAGACGCGAACACUGUUGCAGGCGGCACGCACAACAAUCGCGCGACUGGAGAAGGAUAAACAUCUUCUAGAGACAAAGGUGGGCAGGGGAGGAUCAGGAGCCACAGCGCCUGCAACAGGUGCAAAUGUCAAUCAUCAAAAUGCAUUGAAAUGUUGCCGUGCUCCUUCCUGUCCCAACUUGCAGCAUGUGGGAGCAGCCAAGUUCACGCCCUCUCCCUCGGAGAGUCCGGAAACGUAUACGGGACCAAGCAGUGAGUGCAGUUCGCCGGCUCACAAUCGAUCCCAGCCGAAUCCUGCCCACCACAGUUUCUAUGAGCAAGGACAGUCCGAGUUGAUUGAGGCGCUCAAAGCACGCAUUGAGAUGCAGCAAAGGAAGAUCAUGGCCAUGGAGCUGGAGGGACGUGGCACGAAUGCCCUGACCACGGAACUAGAGAAGCUGCAGGAACGUUGCCAGGCAAUCGAGGCACAGAAUAUACGCCUGGAGGCGCGCAAUUUGCAGCUGCAACUGGACACGGAUCUCUUGCGGCAGGGCGACAGCACCGAACGACUUCACAAGCGCAUCAAGCACCUGGAGGACUAUAUCCUUGCACUCAAGGAGGAAAUGGCGCGAACUGAAUCUCGGCGGGAGCUCUGUAAAUGCAGCGGACUCAAGGUCAACACGCAUCAGGGUCAAUCCGCGGAGCACACGAUUCUCUCGCUGCGGAAUCUCGUGGAGAAAUUGCGCUCGGAGAAUAAGUUCCUAAAAGAUGGACGACUCUCUACGGAAUCACGUGGCUCCACAGACUCUCUACAAACUCCACCCGAAUUGGCAAGACUUCAGCAGUUGCAUGCGGAUGCCUUGGAGAAGAUUUCCACACUUCAACAGGAGCUCAAGCAGCGCAGUGGAGGCGGCAAGGUAGACGAUGAGCUGAAAUACAUAAAGGAGCAGCUGCAGAAGAAGACGCAAUUACUGCAAAAGGCGAAAGUUCUCCUGACUCGCGCCGCUGCCAAGGAGAAAGUGCUUCGAGAGCAAAUCUCGGCCUGGAAACGUAGGUGCUCCGAGCUACAAAAUGUGCCCGUGAUUGAUGAAAUUAGCGAAUAAUCUUAAUUUUAAGCUUAAUGUUGUACAUAAAUUAAUAAUAAACGAAGCCACAA